AUGACGGUCACAGCAAGCAUUGACAUUGCAUCCCCACCAGAAAGCGUCCGCGCAAAGUUCCUCGACUUCGCAUCCCUUCCCAAAUACCACAAAGGAUUCUUCACUUCUAUAAGCCCACUCGGUCCUGUUGAAUCAGGAAACAAGAUACGCGUCGUCUUCGCAUCUGGACAAACAAUAGACGCCUCGAUUGAACACAACACACCUAUCUCAUUUGCAUGGACUGGUUCAUUACCGUAUGUGUUCACAGGCACGCACUCUUUCACUUUCGAGCCCAGCAACACCAUCCCUGGUGGCACGAAGUUUACGCAAGAAGAAGUGUUCAGCGGCGCACUGGCCUUCAUCAUGGGCGAGAACGUUAUAGCCCGACAAUUUGGUUUCCCAGAGAAGACGAAGAAAAUGUGGGAAGGCUACAACGAAGACUUGAAAGCGUGGUGUGAGGGACAAUGA